AUGGAGUCCUCCUGGCUCGAGAUGCGCUGGGCGCGGCCCUUGUACCUGGCCUUCGUGUUCUGCCUGGCCCUGGGGUUGCUUCAGGCCAUCAAGCUCUACUUGCGGAGGCUGCGGCUGCUGCGAGACCUGUGCCCUUUCCCCGCGCCCCCCACCCACUGGUUCUACGGGCACCAGAAGUUACUUCAGGAGGGUAAAAUGGAGAAAUUUGAGGAGAUUGUCGAAAAAUACCCUUGCGCCUUUCCUUGCUGGGUUGGGCCUUUUCAGGCACUUUUCUAUAUCUAUGACCCAGACUACGCAAAGAUAUUUCUGGGCAGAACAGAUCCCAAGUCCAAGUACCUGUACAAGUUCUUGAUUCCAUGUCCUGGAAAAGGACUUGUGAGUCUAGACGGACCCAAGUGGUUCCAGCACCGUGAACUACUAACUCCUGCGUUCAAUGUUAACAUCUUGAAAUCAUAUGUUGGGGUGAUGGCCCAUUCUGUGAACACGAUGCUGGGUAAGUGGGAGAAGAUUUGCAGCUCUCAGGACACAGUGGUGGAGGUCGAUGAGCACAUCAACUUGAUGACCCUGGACAUACUUCUGAAAUGUGCUUUCAGCCAGGAGACCAACUGCCAGAUAAGCAGCACCCAUGAUCUUUAUGUUAAAACAAUGUUUGAAGCCAGAAAAAUCUUUUAUCGCUUACACAGCUUCUUACAUCACCAUGACAUCAUUUUCAAAUUCAGCCCUCAGGGCCAACGCUUACAAGAGAUGGUCAAAAUUCUACAACAGUACACAGAAAAGGUAAUCCAGGAUAGAAAGAAAUUCCUCAAAGUUGAGAAGAAGCAUGGUAACACUCAGAAGCAGAAGUACCAGGAUUUUCUGGAUAUUAUCCUUUCUGCCCAGGCUGAAAAUGGCAACAGCUUCUCAGAUACUGACCUAAAGUCUGAGGUGAACACAUUCAUGUUGGCAGGGCAUGACACCAUGGCAGGGAGCAUUUCCUGGCUCCUCUACUUCCUGGCUCUGAACCCUGAGCAUCAGGAGAGAUGCCGGGAGGAGAUCAGGGGCAUCCUGGGGGACAGGUCUUCCAUCACCUGGGACCAGCUGGGUGAGAUGUCAUACACCACAAUGUGCAUCAAGGAGUCACUCCGACUGGCGCCUCCAGUCCCAUCUAUUUCCAGAGAGCUCAGCAAGCCCAUUACCUUCCCAGAUGGACGCUCCUUGCCUGCAGGAAUAACUGUGGUUCUAAGUAUUUGGGGCCUUCACCAUAAUCCUGCCAUCUGGGAAAAUCCAAAGGUCUUUGACCCCUUGAGGUUCUCCCAAGAGAAUUCUGAUCAGAGACACCCCUACUCCUUCUUACCAUUCUCAGCUGGACCAAGGAACUGUAUCGGGCAGCAUUUUGCCAUGAUUGAGCUAAAGGUGACCAUUGCCUUGAUUCUACUCCGCUUCAAGGUGGCUCCAGACCCCACCAGACCUCUUGUCUUCUUGUACCAGAUUGCCCUCAAAGCCAAGGACGGGGUCCACUUGCACCUAAAGAAACUCUCCUAA